GCUAACGUCUGCUCCUUUUUACAAGCGGUUUGGUCAAUAAUGAAGAGAAGGGUAAAAGCUCUAAGCAGCCAAUCAGCGUACGAGACUUCCUCUGACAUAACUGACAAGUGAAAUUAAAAUGGCCGCUGCUUCAAGCCCAACAACAUCAGGGAUAAAACAAAAUCAGACCAAAAAUUAUCAAGAUGACAAAUCUCGGCCUCCAACUGUUGAAGAGCUUUUAAUUCAAAUAGAAAAUCACCUGUACAAUUCUAUUGAGCAUAGAGCAUCUUUAUUGAUAGCAGCAUGGACAUGUCUUGGUGGACAGAUAGGUUAUUUUCGGUGCAUAGAAAAAGUGUUCAAUAUGAUGUACAGGGAAAGUGCUUUGAUGAUUUUCAGUCGACAUUGGCCAAAAGUAGAUAUUCUAUUCAAGAGAGGUCUCUCUCGGUCUUUGAUACAGUAUUCUCAUACUAUGGGCAGUUAUGUGAAAGGCUCAGAAGGCCUUUGUUCAGCUCUAGUCAUGGCAACGUACGACCCAUGGGGAGAUUCUGUCAUGCGCCAAUUACUUAAUAAGCAAGAUGUUGACUUUAACAGAGUUAAAGAUUUUGUAAAAUCUGAGCCAUAUGAACUACUACUUAUUAGAGUCGAAUGUCUAGUCAAUUCUCGUUGUGAAGAAGCUGCCAUAAGACUUUGUCGCAGUUGUUUACAUUGUUAUGAGACUUUAAAUAAUGAAACCUACUUAGAAUGUGAUAGAGAAAACUGGAAACUAUCCUUCAUGGAAUGGCUGCUUCGUUUAUUGUUUAGAAAAAGAAGAUUAAAUGAUUUAGUUCAAGAAAUAUCAUCUUGCAAUUGUCAUGAGGGAGUAAGGAUUAUUUAUCGCACCCUCAAUUCUAACAGUGAAGAUUCUGAGGCGCUGACUGAAAGUUUGAUAAAUUUGUUCCUUGUUCGUGAUCUUCUUUUCCAAUCAAAUUAUUGCUGCACUAGUGAAUUGAUGAAUUUGUGGUGUGAGUUACAAGCUAAGAAACAAAAGCCUUUGUUAGAAAUUCAAGAAGCUGCACGCAAGCUUUUGGUUGGUCAUGCAUCAUCUAGUGCACAGUUUUAUCUAUUUGUCGACAUUCUUUGGUCAAAGUUUGGAAUAUCUCUACUACCAUUAUAUCUUGAGCUGUACGUGAGAGGUUUGACAUCAGAUUUGAAUUUUCUGGAAGCAGCUCGGCAGACUGAUAAAAAGGAAUAUGUGAUGGAUCUUGAGAAACACAUGGCAACUGUGUAUUUUAAACUAUCCUCCCUAUUCAAUUCCAUCAACAAGGAGGUGUCACUUGAAUGUCUUCUUAGUUCUUUUUCUCUUAAUCCAAGUCCUGAGGUUUUAAAUUGCAUUAAGAAAACUACCUUACAAGUUACCAAAGAAAGAGCUAUAAGAAGUUCCAGGAAUCCAGCUGACAUCAAACAUACCCAUAGUCGAAAUUGUGCAUUUCCUCCUCCCACAAAACGAAAGGCUGUAGAGACGUGUGAUCAAGCUAUACAAGUUGGAGAUGAUUUCUUUGUGGAAUGUGAUAAUGCUCUGAAAGUAGCGAAUAAUCCAACCCAGAAUGAUCCUAUUGUUCUUGAAAACAUUAGGCACGAAAGAAAAAAGUUAGCCACUGAAAUCACAGUUUUAAGUCCUAGUAUAAAGAACAAAAAUUCAGAAGAGGUACUGGCAAGCCAGUCACAGUUACCAAAUAAUAGUACAGAGCCUAACUCAGCACUAGAAAAUUCCUCAUCUGUGACCAAAGAAAAAACACCAAUAAAAAUUUUUGAAAACAAAAAACAGACCCUUAAAUCUUCUAGAAAGUCCAAAAUUUGUAAUAUCCAGAAUGAAGUAACUAGUAAAGAAAAUUCUAAUAAAGAUGGGACUACAUUAAAUAAAGAGGUGUUGCCAAAUUCUAAUGAAAAUAUCUCAGGUAGUGCAAAUGCUCCUACAAACUGUAAUGAAAUGACUUCUGAAACAACUGCGAAGUGUGAGAUCGAAAGUGAUUGUCGCAAAGUGGCUGAAAAUCAAGAUGUAAUCUCCUCUGUCCAACCUCUCUCAUUGGUUAAUCAUUCAACAAAUGAACAUCUCACUAAUGGCUUGAGUAACGAAAGUGAUGUAAUAAAUUGCAAAGAAGAGGUUGAAUGCUCUUCUCCGGAUAAAGAAGAAAUUAAAAAUAGUUCACCGAAGGACAUUGUGGUUGUGGAAAAUAAAGUGCAGCUAAAAACAAAUAUUAAUAUUCAACAGGAAAAUGAAAAACCUAAUUCUCACCAGGAAAAAAUUUCUAAUGAUACACAUUGUACAAAUGGUUUUAAUGAGGCUGAAACUCCUUCCAUAAACAAUGAUGCAAAAAUAACUAAUUGUAAAGAAUUAAAUUUAAUCAAUGAUACAGUAAAUCAAGAACCAGAUCAAAAUUUAAUUCCUAAUAAAUCAGACUGUGCUGAUGGGUUAAAUACUCCUUAUAAUUCUCAAAUAGCAGUUAUUAAUAAUUUAGUUCAGAAAACUGCCAAUAAUUGUAUUAAUGAAAACAGAGUAACUAGAAGGUCAGAAUUAUUAAAAAGUCAAAGCUCUGUUCGUUCUUUCUCUCAUGUAAUACUAGAUUGUGAUGUGCCCGGCUUAUCCUCUGAUCUGUUAUCAGAUUUUGUUACUGUCCUCGAAAGUUUGAGAAAUAAGCAGUUGAAGAGUUCCAGCAAAUGGAGUCAAAUUAAGCAUUUAUGUGAAGAUUACAUGGAAACUGUUAAUGAGCAGAGGUGUAUGAUGUUUAAUUUUCACGCCAAUGGCAGUGUUGAUAGUGAAGCGGAUUCUACCUCAGAAUUAACGGCAAAUGGUUUUGAUUUCGAACAUUAUCAAAGCAGCGACAGUGUCAAAGAAGAUCGUGUUGUAGAUAAAAGUCAUGUUUUCAGACGUUUCUUCAACUCUGACAAAAUGGCGGAAAUGGCAACAUAUGUAACUUUAUCUGACAUACAUUUUCCUCAAAUACCUCUUGAAAAACUUUUUUACACUGAAUAUUCUUCAUCUCAUGUAGGACAUAAAAAAAGACACAAGAAACAUCGGAACCAUGACAAAAAUCCCAAAAAGCAAGUUCUCCACAAACUUCGACAUGGAAGCAGAACUGAACAUGAUCUUGUAAAGCGAAAGAAAAGAAAGAAACGUAAAGCAAAGAGAGGUAAGGGACAUGUGAAAAAACAUCAUUCUACCCACGGAAAGGUUAACAAAAUACAUUCUAAGAAUAAGAGGAAGAAGCAUAAGCUGAAGAAAAAGAAAGAAGGUAAUUCUGGUUUCAUAUCUGGAGAUUACUGUAGUGACUUUAGCUCUGAAGAACUUAUGAGAAUAGUUAAAGAACAUUCCAACAGUUAUUCAAAAAUUCCAGCAUCUACCUCAAAACAUCCUCAUAUAGUUGAAACUGCUAGUUCCUCAGAGUCGGAGCCUGUUAGGAAGAAACGAAAAGUUAGCUUUGAUAAAAAGAGGGGUAAGGUUGAGAAGUAUAGAGAAAAACAUAAACAUGAAAAAUCCAACAAACAUAAAAAGAAAAUAACUCUGGAAAGUUGCAAAACUAGUGUGACAAAUGUCAUCCAUGAUAAUCCAAUACCGAACAAUAUGGAGGGUGUAAAAGAAUAUCCUCAUUUCGUUCAAAUUUCUAGAGUAAAGAAAAUGGAGUCUGUACAAAUUCAGCAGAGAUCUGUGUCAGUAGUUGAUGAUUCUACUAACGACACUUCUCCAAUAACCACAUGUGAUACAAAUCCUCGUAUUAAACAGUACGUUCAACAAAAAUUCGAAAACUGUUCUCCAGAAGAAUUAAUGAAAAUGCAAAUACUAAUGGCAAGGCAACAGGCAGAAGUUACUGCUGGCAACAGUACUAUGUCAACCAAUCAGGCAUUACGGAAAUAUGUAUGUUCUAAAAUGACUUCUCAGCUUCUUUCUGUUUCUCAGUCAUCAAAAUGUAUUGUAGGUUCAGAUUCCGAUACCAGCAAAUCUCCAACACCUCACUUUGUUGACAACAAUUCUAAAGCAGGACCUUCUCAAUCUCGAGACCAUCCGCAAAAAAUAUCUGCUAACAUUAAGCAUUUUGUGAUUGAAACAAAUAAAACACCAUACAAGUUUCCAAAUUCUAAUGUUUCAACAACAGUCAGUAGUAGUAUUAUACCUAUAAAUAUUUCAGGAAAUUCUUAUUCUGAUGCUCAAAAUUUAAUUGGAUCCAUGCUUAAUUCUAAUAUCAGAUGUCCAACCUCGCAAAUAUCCCCACAAGUAACAGCUCUCAGUAUUCCAGUUUCUCAUAAUCAUCCUUCUGGCAGUAAACUAGUUACUAGUAAAAUCAUAAUACCUCUACCCUCUAGUGGUCAGUUGCAUAGUGGAACUGUCUCAUCUAAUCUGAGUGUUAUUCAACCUGACACUUCAUUUGCCACAACAUCAGGAACAUCAUCACAUUCUAGUUUUAUAGUUAUUAAAAAUGGUAACCAAACACAAAUCAUUCCAAAUCCUCAAAAUCAAUAUAACAUUAUUCCUCAUAUUGCAAAAGCUAAUGCAUCAUUGACUACUACAACUAAAAUCAGCCCAACUGUAUGCCAAACAAAUCUAAAAAUGAUUAAACCAGCAGUACCAAAAAAAUCAUUUCAAUCGGUAGCUAAAAGACAACUUAUCAAAAAUCCUGCACCAAUAAAACCACUCACUGCACCCAAAGUUUCAAGUGUAGCUAAACCCAUCCCUAAAGUAAUUGCUUUGACCGCUCCUUCCUCCCCAGUUCUUACAACAAAGGUAUCUGAUGCUGUUAUUAGUUCUGUUUCUUUACCUGAGGCUGAAAUGCAAAAUUCUCUAAAAGUGCCCUUACCUUUACCCUUGCCGACACUUUCUACAAAAGCAAUUGAAGAAAAGCCUGAAAUGGAAAUACCUCCACACUCAGAAAGUAAUAAAACAGACUGUGGAAUCUUAAAACUUGACAUUCAUGUUCCAGCAUCCUCUGAUGCAGCCAGUUCAAGCAAACCAAAUGAAGUUGCAUUGAUUGCCGAAACUAACAACUCAAUUGUGUCUGAACCAGUUGAGAAAACUAAACAAAUAAUUUCUGAAGAGAAGCAAAUGACUGAAAAUAAUACUGGUUUAGAUUUGCUCUCAGUUGCAGAGGAACCUUCCAUUACAAAUAGUUUUCCACCUGAUGUUCAAAAACUAAGUUCAAUUGAAGACGCUGAAAAAGAUUCAGUGCCUCCUCAAGUAAAAUCUGUAACUGAUAAGUCGGAUGAAGCAUUAAAAGAAGAAAGAUUUAUUGAUAAAGACGUAAAGAUUUCAUCAAAAGCAGAUACUAAAACUGAAGAACUUUCCGUAAAAUCUGAUGAUAUUGAUGUUUCCAAGUCUAUACCGUUACAUACAGAAGCUGCCACAGUUGCUGUAGAUAAUAAUGCAGAAAUUAAACCAUCUGAUUCUACUGCUGAAUGUUCUCUUGUAAGAGACUUUAAAUCUAGCGAGAACAAAUCAACUCCAGUUGCUGAGCCAAUAAGUCCCAAACCUUCUCCAAUCACAGUAGAUCAAGAAGCAUUGGUAGAACAUUCUCCUGACUCUAAAGAAAGUAACUCUUCUUCAAAAUCUGUCCUAAAUCAAAACAACCAACAAAAACAGCUGCAGCCUAUCAAUUCUGUUAGCAUCAUGGCUAGCAUGAAGACACCUGGAAAAGCUCAUUCCCAGUGCAAAGCUGAGGGUAUGGUUGUCUCAGAAGUGCAAACAAGAUCUUUUACAUCAAUCAGUGAUGCUGUGCGAUUCAGUUUAAUGGAUAUGGACGAUGCAACAGAUUCAGUUGAAAACCAGGUCCUUCAGGCCUUCCAAGUAACUCAUGAGACAUCACAAAGUUCCCCUCCUAGAUAUGAAAAUAGUUCUACUAAUGAUGGCAAUGAACAACCAUCUUCACCUUCUGCUGUAAUUUUGACUACCCCUCAAUCAUCUACUACAACUGACUUAAAUGUAAGCCAAGUAUCACAGAGAUUUGAAGCUUCUGUACAUAGCUCACAGACAGAAAAGUUUGUAGAUUGUCAGAGUGCAGUAUCUCGAACCACAUCUUGGAUUCUUGAGGACUCGGCUAUUAAUGAUACUUCACAAAAUAUUAAUCUUCAGAAAUCACCUGAUAUUGAUUCAUCCUGUGAAGGUAAGGAGGAAGAAAAACCUAAAAAGAAGAAGAAAAGGAAAGACAGGUGUGAUCCUGAAGCUGCUCAUAAGUUUUGGUGUGAAAUAUGUCAUAAGGGCUUCUUUUCUGCUUAUAACUUGAGGCGCCAUUGUAGAAAUGUUCAUAAAAUGGCUUUACCUAAAGGUACCUCUGAUCUUCCAUUUGGUCCAAAUUCACAUGCUCAUCAGCAUAUGCAGCAAGGAGAAAGCUCAUCUUCUGAGAUUGCUUCUCCACCAAGGCUGCCAUAUGGAUCAUCUCAGUCCUCUUGUGUUAGUCCAAAAGGUCCAGAUUAUAUGUUACAGUCGCCUACUCGUGAUACCAAGACUCAUGAAUUUGCAGCUAAAGUAGUAGCAACUAGCCAACAUUCAUCUCCCAUGCAGACUGAUUUUCAACUACAAACUGCUGCUCGUAUUACAGGGCAGUCUACUUCAUCUCAUAUUUCUCCAACAGCAGCAGCAAAAUCAGUUCAAUCUGAUUUUCAGCUCCCAACACCUACAACAGUAUCUAGUUCUCAUAUUACUUCAAAUAAGAUGCCAAGUGCAACCAAGACUGCUGGUGCACCAAAAUUUCAACGAUUGCCGACUUCGUGUUCAACUGCUGCUGUUUCUCAGAUAUCUGUCUGUGGACAACAAUCAACAUUACAGCAACAAAGACAGCUUAGUCAAAUCCAGUCAUCUGGAUUAAUUCAGCCUGUGCCAAGUGUUGCUUGUCAAGCACAGCAGUUACAAGCAGCACAAUGCCCUCAUUUUCAGCCAAAGCAAAUUGCUCAGCAAAGAAUUGGGCAACUUCAGUUAAUGCAUCAUGCAACUCAAAUUCCAGCAUUACAGCACACUGCACAUGGAAUUCAGAAACAAACACAGGUUCAACAAUAUAAAAAGUGUGGAGCCUCUCUUCAGUCAUCUAAAUUGACAGAGACUGAACAAAUUCAACAAAAUGCUCAGCUUGCACAAACUCAACAAAUUCUUGCUAAUCAACAAAUGCAAAAGAUAAUGCAAAUUAGACAAAAUGCGAUUGCUGCAAGUGGUGUGGCAACUCAAUUAUCUCUUGGAACUGGUGUUCCCGGUGCUCAGUCUUCUAAUGUGAAAGCAGCUGCUGCUGCUCAAUGUUUUCAAUCUCAAUUAGCUGUAGCUCGUCAAGCCGCUGCUGUUGCGCAACUUUCAGUUACUCAGCGUGGCCAGGCAGCAAGUUUUGCAUUAGCUUCACAUGAUUCUACAGGUCAUCAGUUUUUUACUCCUUCAAUACAACCUUCCCCUGAACAAAGUAGCUGCACUCAUGCCUCUUUUACUGCCCAAAAUCUUGUAGAAUAUAGUGCUAAUGCUCCAUCAUAUCCUACAAUUCGCUUAUCAUCUGAGGCUAAUGAUGGCUUAGAAGAUCUGGAGCAAUUUUUAAUGGAAAAUAUGCCUUGGAGUAGUGAUCAGUCAGCUUCCCAUGGCAUGUCUCAACAAUCUGGAAAUCGUCCAUCUAGUGCUGAUUCUCUUACCUUAUCAAUACCCACUCCUGUCAGUUCUCAGGGGAAAAGUAAGACACCAAUAUCUAGACCUAAACCUCGUAAACCUGUUGUUGCUUCAUGUUCAAAAAACUUGUUAGGAAAUCUAAGCCGUGGUGUUAAGAAAAAAUCCACUCCUAAAAAGGCUCAGAAACAUGUUGAAAUCAACUGUCCUACUUCAAAGGCAGCAAUUUUUACUCAAAAUUGUGUUAAAAACCAACAAUCCCAUGGCUUAGAUUUAAUUCAAAUGCACUGUGAUAAGGGAACUUCUAGUGAUGUAAAGCAGGUAUGUAAAACUACCAAUAUAAAUGAAACUGAUAGUUCUGAUAGUGUUCAGUGUAUAAAUGUGGGUCAUCAUGCUCCUUCAAAAAAUGUGUCUGUAGGUAUUAACUUCAAUACUUUUGUUCCAACAUCAUCUGGCAUUAUUACUGAUAAAAGUAUUACUCCUUCAUAUAGUGUUGAUCUAGCUAAUUCAAGAUUAUUUGGUGUACAGAGUAAGACUCCUUUUUUAGAGCAUGGCAAUUUAGUGAAUAAAAACUCUCCAAACUUAUGUCAAAAUAAAAGUGUAAUUAACCCUUGUGAAAUAAAUCCUUCUAAUUCAGGAUAUUCCCAUGUUGAAAAAGGUUCAUCUUUUAAUCCUGCUGCAAAUUUUUGUCCCAGUGUAUGUACAUCUAUAGUUACCAAACGAGCUGAAACUGGUCAAGAUAUUUUUUUAGGACAGCGAAAUAGUGAAAUAGGAGAAUCGUCAAGUUGUGCAGAAAAACAAAACUCUGUUUCUAGUGAAAUAAAUGUUAUUAAUCCUCAUUGCUUUGAGAAAACUGAAAAUAAUUUAGUGAAAGACCAAAAUCAUUCAACUGUUGUCCAAGCUGAUCCUUUUUUAGGUGGACGAACUGGUGACACAAAACAUUCAGUUAACAAAAAUGAUGAUAAUGCUGAUUGUGUCACUACUUUUAAACAAACUUCAACAGAUGAUGUUACUGAUUUUGCCAGUAAUUUCAAACAAAAUUCAGAUAAUUUAAAAGACAAAGCAGAAAAAAAUGAUAAUACCGAAGUAAUUUCUGAAAUAAAAGAUAAUGUAUCUCAAAUUCCUGAUAACAAUUUAGAUCCUUAUGAAAAUGCAGAAGAUAAAAGUCAGGAAAACUUCAGCAUAACUCAUGAAAACAGGAAUAUAGACACUGGUAAAGAAAAUAAAUCUAAACUAUUAUCAUAUGAAAAUUUAAUUACUACAACACCUGAAACAUCUAUCAUAAAUUCGACAAUAAAUACAGAGCAAAUGCAAGAAUUGGGUUUAAAAGAAGCCAUUGGUCUAAACAAUAAACCCAUAUUAAAAGAAAAAAUUUACCCUUUGGAAUGUGGGGAAUUUAAUGUGUCAAAAAAUUUAAAUUCUGCUAAACAAAGUUUUAAUGGCUUUAGUGUUAGCAGAAUUUUAGACAAUGAGUCUAGUCCAGAUCUGGUAAGUAAUGUUUGUGCAAAAAAAAUUGAUAACAAAGAAAAUUUGUCUUUGUCCUUACCUACAGCUGCCUUAGAUCACACUAAGGCUGUUUAUAAAAAUUGUGAUAAAAGUAUCUUGCUGCCAAAGUUUGAAGAUAGUGAAAAGGACUCUAGUCAAGAAAAAAUUUCUGUUAAAGGUGAAAAGUUCCCAUCUGAAAUACAUAAUGUAAAUGUUGAAAGUAUUGACAAAUCUGCUAAACAAAAUGGAAAAACAAAUAGCAAAUUACAAGAUAGUAUAGAUUCUGAAGAAAGUGAAUCUACUAAACAAAAUAAAGCAGAAAAUGUAAUUAUCAAAAGCAAAAAAACUAAAGAUUUGUUGAAGAAAAAUACUCCAGAUGAAAAUUUAACUAUCUCUGUAGAUGAAGAUGACCAAAAUGAGAAUUGUGAUCUUAAACUAGAUAUUAAUUCUAAUAUAGAAAAGGUACUUAUUAAAGAUAAAAAUUUAAAUGGGACAAUUUGCACAGCUGGUGAUUUUUAUCAAAAAGAAGAUAAAAUUAUUCAAAAGGAUACUCAAAAUGAAGACUCCAACUCUAGUGAUACAAAACAUGAUGAUGCUACAAUUUCAUCCAGUAGAUUACGGCUUCGUGAUACACCCAAAACUUCGGUUAAACGAGUUUGCCCUUGCUGUGUGGACUCGCGGGUACCUAAAAAGUGUCGUGUGCCUAAAGUGCAUAUUAAUACUAUUAAAAAUAAAAGCAGCUUGAAAACAAGAAACUCCUCCAGCAUCCAAAACUCAAAAGUGAAUACUCGGUCUUCACAACGUCUCAGGUCACGACAUAACGCCGUCAGUUAGCCCUAUAAUUUUUGAAAACAAAUUUUAUUUUACUCCACUUUAAGAUUGAAACUAGUCUGAACUGUGUAGAAUAAAAUAAAAGAAACUCCUGUAAAUAUAUAAUGUAUAUUUAAUAUUAAUGAAAAAAUGGAUCUUUUUAUAAUCAUGUACAGAUUUUUAUCCCAAAUGUAAAGAAAUGAGGAAAACAAAAAGUGUCAACUGAUAAGAUGUAUUUCAAUUUUGAAUUUGGAAAAUUCUAUCAAAUAUUUAAAAGCUUCUUUUAUUUGAAUGUAUUAUAUUUUUAUGUUAAAUCAAGACAGGUUUGCAGCUGCUCUUGAAUUGUAGUUUUACCAUUCUUUCUUGAAGUGAGAAAAAUAAAUAUUUACUUACUUUAA